AUGCCCCUCUCCAAGGAGAUUCGCGAUUUCGUUGCCCAGUUUGGCAAUACAUGGAAUCUGGAUGUAAACGCGGAGUGUGAGAAGUUCUUCGAAGAGCGCCAGGCGGCCGAGCCAGCGCCCUCCUCGCUGAAGGUCGAGAAAGCCGUGCACUACGGACCAGAUCCCCGCCAUCGCCUCGACAUAUACUGGAAUUCCCAUCAGGACGUCUCUCUCAAGAAACCGGUGGUCGUCUACUUCCACGGCGGGGGAUUUCGCGCCGGUGACAAUGACAUCUCCCCUCACAUCCACAGCAACAUCGCAAAGUAUUUCGCACUUCAUGGCACGGUAGCAGUGCUAGCCACUUACCGCCUGCUUCCCGAGGCGCAGUUCCCCUCCGGGAUAGAGGAUGCCACGUCAGCACUAGCAUGGAUCAAGUCUCACAUCGAUGUCUACGGCGGGAAUGCGGAGCACGUCUUCGCCCUCGGUCAGAGUGCCGGCGGCGCGCAUCUAGCUAUGGCGCUGUUUUCUGGUGUGCUGGAGAAGCAGGGGGUCGUGCCGAGGGGCAUGAUGCUGCAGAGUGCGCCGCUAUGGUAUGACCUGUCUCAGGCGCGACGGAGGGCCAACAUGGUCGCGUAUUAUGCUACGGAGGAUGAUGAUGAGAUACUUUCAAAGUCUGCGCUGGGGCUUUUUGGUGGAUACAAGGGCGAGGGGGUUCCAGAGCUGUUCUUGUCGGUUGGGGAAUUCGAUUCGGAGGAGAUUGUUCACGGGAAUCUGAUGUUUCUGGAGGAAUAUGUACCGAAGAUGAAGCGCAUGCCCCGGUUUGAGGUGUUGAUGGGUCAUAACCAUAUCAGCUAUGCGUUGGCGAUGGGCUUGGAAGGGGAUGAAGUUGGACCGAGGGUGCUGGCAUGGAUAGAGUCUCACUACAGCAGUGAAACUAGCUGGUCAAGCUGCCGGAAAGCGCGGAUCGAGCAUCCGAAGACGAUCCGACUGAUAGCAUACAUAUAUACCUCCAUCACAACCAACACUCUACGACCAUCACCAUCACCAGCAACACACCAACCACAUCACCAUGCCUUCAAUCGCCGAACUCUCCUCUCCAGCCGUAGCCCAAAAGCUCGACUCCCUCUCCACACGCGCCACAGACAAACCCACCCUCGAAGCCGAAAUCAAAACCCAGUCCCUAAUCCCCCUCUGGAACACCGGCGCGCCCAUCUCCGCGCCCACCCCACGCAGCAAGCAAAUCCCCACAGUCUGGCACUACGCCGACACAAAGAGCCUGCUCCUCCAAGCCUCCAAGCUCGUCGACGCGCGCGAGGCCGAGCGCCGCGCCGUGCUGAUGAUCAACCCGGGCCGCAACGAGUCGCCCUUCACGCUGGACACGCUCCUCGCCGCGCACCAGCUGAUCCUGCCCGGCGAAAAGGCCGUCUGCCACCGGCAUACGCCCUUCGCCGUGCGCUUCCUCAUCGAGGGCGCGCGCGGGUACACCGCCAUCGCGGGGCGCAAGAUGUACAUGGCGCCGGGGGAUCUGAUCAUUACGCCCGUGUGGAACUGGCACGACCACGGCAACGACGGCAACGAGAACGUCAUCUGGCUGGAUGGGCUGAAUAUCCCGCUGUUCAAGUCGUGGCCUAUUGA